CUCGGUUGGACAGGUUGAGAGAAACAUGUCAUUAAGGUGUUGUCAAAAGGAGCCCUGUAUGUGUGGGCCGGUCCCUAGGUUUGUGGUUUUAGCUUUUCAAAGGCGCGGAGCUAUUAUGGGCUAUGGGAUCAAGUUCGGGAAAACUAGUCUUCUUUAUCUUGAAAAAUGGCUUUGUAACAGGAGGCGCCAAGGAGCUUAAGUACACAUAACUCGCACACGGGAUAGAAAAUGACGAAAGUUCCUCAGGGGUUUGAUUUCAGUUUCCUAAAUGAGGAAGAAGCCAGGAAGAUCCUCCAGGUUCUGGAAAGAAAUGAGGAACUCCGAAGGGCAGAGAAGGACAGGAUCAGCAAACUUCAAAAGACAAAGAGGGAUAUCAGAUGGCUUCAAGGAGCAACUGGAGAAUGGUUCGAAGAAAUUCAAAGAAAGAAGUUUUGCAAUGAAACAGAUGUUAGCCAGAUGUUAAAACCACCACUCACAUAUAGGCUACGGAAGGGAAUGGCAAAAAAUGAUCCGUUGGAAUUACAAACAUCAAGAUCUAAAAACCUAACCAACCAAAAGCCAUCUGUUUCUUCCCGAACGAGCAUCCGGUCAUCCUUUGCUUCACUGUUCUCUUUCAGAAGAUCUGGGAAGGAGACGCUCAAGCUUCAGUCUCAAAGACCAAAAGGGUGUGAUGACCGUGUGGCGCCUCCUGUGUCUGUGAGGGACACAACUGCCGUAGUAUCCGGGGAAUCAAAGGCAAAAAUAUACAAUUCACCGGUUGGAAAUCAGCCAGUUGCCAGUGUGUUUGUCCCUAAGCCAGCCAUCAUGAGGGAGGAGAGUGGCAUACCUCCACCCUGGGAUUCUUCCCUGCUCGAGACUGAGCUUUUUCAAGUUUUAGAUGAUUUGGAAAGCAAGCUGGCCCAGGAACAAUCAGCAGGCUCAGUGAGUACCAGAGCACCAUACAACUACGGAUCAAGAACCCAGCUCAAACAUUCUCACUUGAGCAGGAACGAGCAUAGUCACAGCACGGGAAGGCACCAAAACUACCACAGCGAAACUUCCAAUAUGUCCAUCUAUGACAUCCUGAGACCAGGAGCUCCUAGAGAAGGUUUCAAAACCUUUUCUCCUAGGACAAAGACAAUUUAUGACAUGUACAGGACCAGGGAGCCCAGAGUCUUAAAAGAGGACUUUAUGCAAAAGAAUACAUUUGGUAGCACAUCACUAUGCUUCGACAGCCGGCAGCGGUCAGCUUCACCUGCCGCAGGGCGUUUUACUGCCAGGAGUUUACACUUUCCAGCCGCUACUCAAAACAAGAACAGUUUUACACCAGUAAGGCACCAGCAAAGCCCCAAAAGAACUCCUUUGUCAUCCAUCAUAUGGAAUAGGUCAGAUUCUUCUAGACACAGACUGAAUCCGGAGGAGUCCGGGGCACCAUCGCCAAUGGACAUCGACCCUGCUGACCAGUACGUGGCUCCGAGGUGUUCUCAGGAGAGUAGGAGGUAUGAGUUGUACCAUUCACAGAGUGCUUACCGAAGCAUCCCUCUGAAUGCCCCCAUGGAUAACGUAAUGAGUCCUGACACAUUGGAGGACUCAGAGAAUAUGCCACUCUACCAUCAGAAUAACCCACUCGCAAGGUCUUUCCUCAGCAGUACCUUCAGACAGAGUGGAGAGCAGAGAUUUGGACAGAAUUCCUUUUGGAGCCAACAGGAGGAAUAUUCUUUCUGGUCUGACACACAGCAGAGCAGGAAGCCGUUCCCUCCAGACAGGGAUUUUGAAAUGAUUUCUGUUGACGUAAACAGGGCACCAUCUGUUUACAGCCACCGUGUCCCAUCUCCACCCUGGAAGCCACAUUCUCCUGGCUAUGGAACAUAUGUCUUCAGAGGUCAAGAGGAUCCACACUGCUGGAGAUCUGAUCUUCAGACGUCUCCUCUGGAGAGCAUGGACACAUCGCAUGUCAAUGAGAACCAAUUUCCACCCAGGUUUUUCACACCAGAUGGUUUUUCCAUGACUGAUCCAAGCUGCCACAUCCACUCUUCCAGCCUGGACUGUCAGCAAGGCCACUGUCCUGGAGAUGUAGCUGCGGAUGCGGAGUCCCGUUUGCUUGGCAAGGCUCAGACUCUAGUGUCCUCAUUCAGAACUUCCUUCCCCCUGAUUCCUGAUUACAGAAGGGAUUCUCGGAGUCCCAGCUUCCAGAAUUCCACAGCUACUUUGGAGAAAAUGGUCCCUAAUAAGGCAGACCCUCUUCCAGUAAGAAACUGUGCAGAAGUCGCUGUGUCUGGUAGCCAUUCGACUGAAUCGCUGGCUCUUACCGAAACCCAGCCCAGCAUCCCAGCCACAGAAAUGAACACUGAGAAAGAUAUGAAUGAAUCUGUUUCAGACGGUGAACAGCAAAACAAGGCAAGUGGAUUACCCCAACCUCAUUCACAGACAACGAUCUCUAAUGAUUUACCUCAUUCUCAAAAUGCCCACUCCCAAGACUCAGCCGAAAACGACAGGUUUGUCUUUAAUGAAUCUACCACAGAAGGUUCCAUAAAGUCGCCCAGGGUCUUUUCCAGGAAAGGCACUCCCCAAAUGCACACGUCACUAAGAGAUAAAUCCAAGGACUUGGACAAAGAUCAAGGUAUUCCUAGAAACAGGAAACUUGGCUCAGCAGCCUCCCCGACUUCCAUCCAAGAAUAUGGAAAGUCGCCGUCUCUUCCCAGCCCAAAUCAAAGUUGUCACCAGACAACAGGAAGUAAUGAAGACAGCCCGGGCAUCAUUAAAAAUCCUGCUACCCAAAAGGCAGAGUCCUCAGAGCAGCCUGCUGUUCUAGAUCUUGAGCAACAACAUCCUUCCUCUCAUCCUACCAAUGGCAGCAAGCUGGCCGCCAAGCACAGUAUCUCACAUGAUGCUUCCGGUGUACCCCAAGAUUCCUUACCGUUGAGCGAUUCAUUCCUCGAUGCUCUCUUCAUUCCUUCUACUACAGCGCUCUCCAGGAGGCUUUCUGACCAAGAUCCAUCUCAAGAAGAAAGAGAAGAAAAAGACAAGGCUGCGAAGAACCAAAAUCCGUUGGCCGUCAAUUCCACAGAUAGCCAAGAGAGUCACGACGGGCCUGCUCUUCUGCACGAUGCUGUCCACUGCCACCCGUACUCUCCCUUCAGAAAUGGGAGAGGGACAGGAAGAGUAAGACGCCACGUGUCCUAUAUUGAGGAGAUGGCCAAGACAGAGAAUAGAGCAGCACCCAGAAGUGAAGGCCGUAGCCUCACUGAGGACCAAAGUAGUGUCAAAGUCCCUGAGCUCAGCACAGUCUACUGCACCUUGCCAAGAAAACCAGCCAGCUUUCUCAUACACAGCAGACAGCAGGAAAGUAAGAUAACAGCGGCUUCAAUUAGGAACGGGCCACUUCCAUUCCAAAUGAAAAACAAAGUGAGUGUUCCAACUGGGGAGAGCACAUCUGACAAAUCCAGUUCUCCUAAGUCAGUGAGCGAUGCUUCCAGUUCCAUCAUGGGCAUGCCUGAAGCCACCAAGAAGAUGACAGACAGGAAAGCCAUUAGAUCUGCUUCUGUUAGGAAAGGGCCCCUUCCUUUCCUCAUCAAGAGGGCGGUAUCAUGUCCUUCGGGGGAGCCAUGUACCUUGACUGACAGUGGUGAAAGAGCAAAGUCACCGGUCCUGGACGUGGAUGCUUCCUCUGCAAUGCCCAGGCCUCGGGGGAGAAUCUCCAGUUCUCUCGAAGGUGAACCAUCUUCUCGAGAGAGUGCUUUCUCUGAAAGACACAACCGAAAGGAACUUGCUCAAGAUGACGAGGCACCUGUCCCUGGGAUGAGCUCACUCACCCUUUCAAACCAAACCCCCAAGCCGCUGUCUGCAGAUGCGUCAGGAAAAGUAUUACAUAAGUUUAAGACAACCAGCAUGUUCUCCAUUUCUGGUGACGAAGAGAAUGUGAAAUGUCUUGAGGUGGUUUCAGUAUAUUAUACUCUACCAAGGAAACCCAGCAAAAAGUUCUGCAGCCUCCUUCAGCAGUAUGCGCAAGGUACAGAGUCACUUCGAGAUGCUUUCCAGGGAGAGACGAAAGCAUUGCCUAGUGCUUUAGAAGGCGAUGAGCCAAGUCCUGCACAAGUGCAGUCAGGAAUACCUCCACUGCAAGACCUAAGGAAGCAGACUGACUCCUCCCCACGCUGUCUUUCUCACAGCAAUGAAAAGAAGACUGUCUCCCAAUUACCACAUAGGGAGGCUUCCGAAUCUUCCUUAGAGGAAAUGGCUUCUGUAGGGCCUGAUGUCCCUCUUCAUAAAGGAGAACCUAAGACCAAAGAGAUUUCCCCAGGUAGCUUAGCUAAAACAGCAGUGGAUGACUCACUAAGCAGGAAAAAGAGAGAGGGGCCAUUGCUAAAACAGAUUGUACAGAGCCCAUUACUGCCUCAGGAAAAAGGUGCUGGAGAAGGAAAUGCUAAAAAUCUACAGCCUUCUAAAGGAGGAGACAGUGCGCCCCCUGGUCUCCCAGGCCACUCAGAAGCUAAUGUUGAGAAUUCCCAAACCAGAAGAAAUUCUGGAGCCUGUGCAGGGGGCAUAGCUACCAGAUUAACAGGAAGUGGAUGGUAUCCUCAGAGAGAUCACACGACUGUAGUCGUAAACGACAGUUCUAGUGGGUCACAGCCUAGGGAAUCCAGGGGGACAACUGGAGACUGCCAAAACCUGACUGAUAAAAUGCUCCCGGACUCAGAAAGCCAAGCCUUUGUUCCAACCCCAGCAUUGCAUAAGCUGCAGUUGAUUGAAGAGGCUCAGUCAGGGGGAACAGAUCUGCAGUCGGAACCCAGAUGGGCAGGAAGUCAGGAAACAAACACAGCAGAGGUGAGGAAGGUUAAAGAUGAAACACCAAAGUUGGCAUGGGAUCAAACUUUACUUCCUGGAGGAAAUAAAACUAACACGGGUGACCAAGAAACAAAAGAAAACAGAUACUCAGUUAAACAUGGAUUGGCAGCCAUGUCUAAAGCAAGCAGAAAAAUCCCAGCUAAGGAAAUGAGUCCCAGAAGACACAUAGCCACUAUUUUCUCCCAAAGUGAAAGCCAGUCUGGCUAUAGGAGGUUAUCUCUUUGUAGAUCAGAGGACAGACCACUGUCCCCUGAACCUAUUGUAAAAUCCACCGAGUCCACAGAUGAAAGCAGCCUGAUGAAUGUGGACCCAUCAGAGACCCCGCUCCAAGCUACUGCGGUACCCUACCCAGAACCUCCCUGUCAGCCCUACAGCCAGAGGCCUGCUAACAUUUCACAACCACAUCACAAUGAGCCAAACAGUAUCUUGGAAACACCAUCAAAGAAUGAAGAUUCUAAAGCCCAGAUUUCGGGAGAGUCGGGAGCUCCAGCUCAGCUCACGCUUACCAGCCCCAGAGAACAAAGUGCUAACCCUCAGCAGAGAUUGAGUCCCCCUUCUCCCCUGGAAUCUGCACAGAAAUCUACAGUAAAGCUGUCCCAUUGUCAGCUGCGCCACUGGAGUGCCCCAUCUCCAGAAUCAGAACCUGAGCCUCACCUCUAUAGGUCAAAGAGUUUAAAAAACUUCAGUGUGCACGGUGACCGGCUGAGCACAAGUCACCCUCCCAAGGCCAGGGGGCGCCACUUUUCUGAGAACACUUCCAUUGACCACGAUCUCAGCCAGCUGUCCCUUGACGACGACUCCUCCCACAGCAGGGCUUACAGCCGAAGGUUCAAAUCUUUUUCUGAACUUCCUACCUCUGAUGAAGGCGAAAGUUGGGCUUUGUAUAACAAUAGGACUAGAUCGAGUCCCAAGUCUACCUCCUCCAUUUCCAGGCCUAUUGACUACGGGAUUUUUGGGAAAGAGCAGCAGCUGGCUUUCUUGGAGAAUGUCAAGCGGUCACUCACACAGGGAAGACUGUGGAAGCCAAGUUUUCUUAAGAACCCUGGCUUCCUCAAGGAUGAUGUACUCCAUGCUUCCAACCUGUCACAGUCCGAGCUGUUGGAUUCUGGUGGUGGGUCACCCGAAGAUGGCUCAUUUCCAAGUGAACCACUUAACAUCUACGAGGAGGACCCAGUGGACUCGGACUGGGACACAGACACAACCACCGAUGAUGAGUACUACCUGGACGAGAACGAUAAGGAAUCGGAACUGUGAGACUGAGAGACUCUGUGUAAUAUUAUACUCGAUUUUUGGCUUUUAACCAAAAAUAUCAUUAUAGUGAGUCUAGAUUUAUAGACAGGUAAAUCUGGUUUGGCCAGUGUCUGCACCAUUCUUUUCUUUUCCAUAUAUAUGUAUUUUUCUUCUGAAUUCUAAGAACAAUGAUUGCUGGUUUUGAGGGGUUUUGUUUGUUUCUCCUGAUAUUUUCUCCUGGUGCGUUUGAACUUAGCCUUCUUACCUCUUCCCCCAACCCUAUCUCUGAGCCACUUUCCAGUCCUGGCUCUAUCUUCCUCAUCGCUGUUUUUAUGUCUCUUACACUUAAUAGUUUGGGCACAUGUUAAAACUUGUUACUUGUUAAUUACUGAGCACAGUUGCAAAACCGUCUAGCCCCCCCUCUGUCCACAGCCUGAAUUCAAGAUAUCAAACAUAAGCAAGGGGAAGGGGUCGUCAGGAAGAAUACUGUACUUGCACGCACACUGUGUUCAUACAGUGCCCACACAGGCUCUGGAGGGCAUCGGAGCCAGGAAUGGGAGUAACAGAGGGUUAGGGGUCAUACAGGUGCUGGGAAUCAAACCUGGGUCCUCUGCAAGAGCUGCAAGUGCUCCUAACCGCUGAGCUCUCUCUCCAGCCACAAGAUAAAGGGGAUUGUCCUGAGAGCAUCCUUGUACUUCAGCAGUGGCGCCUUGACACACAUGUCUAGAGAACAUGGAGGUUAAAAAUGAACAGUUAGUCCCUAGUGCCUUCAGGGAUCUCUCUGAAGUCAUUCGUGGUGAUUGGCUGACAAGUUUUCAUCAAGCCUAGCACGUGGGUGAAGCCAAGCGAUGCAGGCAGUGGCUUGGCCACAGAGACACAGCUAAGAGACGGAGAGAAGCAGACAGCACAUCACUGCGCCAGCUUUGUGGCUGUUCUCUCCACAGAUGAUUUCCCCCAUCUCUCCAGCCACGUGCAUUUCUCACUUCCUUGUUUUUAGUCCAGACUGGGGCUUAUUAAGCUUUUCUCACUGAAAUUCUUCACCACUUUUACAUACCCUCAGGUAUACAUAUAUAAAAUAGGUGUGCAAGUCUAACAUUCACUGAUAACUCAAAUUUAUUUUAAAGCAGUUCUCUGACUUACACACAAAUUUAUCAUUUGUUUAAGAUAAAAAUAAAUAUAUGCUAAUGAGAUCGAGACACUGCAGCACAAGGACAUUCUACUGUUACACACAGGCUGGGGCAUAAAGUAGUAACACACCUUUGGUGUCUGUCAUUGCCUCUGUAUAUGAGCAGAAAUCUCUGCAUGUGCAAUAGAAGCAUUGUAGUUCAUGAUAAAAUAAUAUCAGAUCCUCUACCCUUCCCUUCCCUUCCUCUACCUCUCUCCCCACACUCUUCAAGGUGUACAUGCUGUGUGCUUGAACCAGCGGUGCCCUGACAUCACACCCUGGCUGAGCAUUGCAGGAGGAAUGUUUAAUUUCAAAUUAAUUUUUGUCCAGUGCAUGUUCAGAAGCCUUUUACUGUUGCCGUUCUCCUCAACUGCACACUUAGUUAGACAACCCCAUAUAGAGUGAGGACCCAUGGUUUAAGAAGCUUUGGGCUAGGACACUUCUGAUCGGGCAUUUAGUGGGGAUCUUAGACAAAUCCUUAAAAUGCUAGGUCAGAUGUAAUAUCUGGGAAGCCCUUGGCUUCUCUGCUGAACCACCUACUAAACUCUCAGGAACACCUAACUCAGCACUCCUAAUUUAUUUUAAAUAUUUUUGAUACCUAUUACUAAUUUGAUUACUAAUUUGGCUUCCUACCUCUUUAGUUGCCCCCUAGACACCCGGGGCUGUCUCUCCUUGUAAUUCAAGGUCUACAGAUGAGCUAGACCUGUAGGCAGCAUGGGAUCCCAGGUCACAAUACAGGGAUGGAUUUUGUCUUGUUUUAUGUCUGUUUUAUGACAUACUUUUAUUUCCCACUGUUCAUCCAGAUGAACCGAAUAAGGGCGGGUGUUGGCAAAAGUGUACAGAGAUCUGGCACUGGCGUGAAUGCAAGGAAGAUCUGUAUGAUUAUUGCCCUUAUAAUCAAUCAUUCUGAAAGCCUAAUGACAGAGCUCAAAGCUAGUGAAGGGGACUCCCUAAUACGGACACUUUUCCUUAAACCUGUCCGCUCAGACUUCGAGCUCUAGCCGAUUUAAAGCUCACUUGUUCUUAGCUCAUUCAAACUUGAAUGGUACAGAGUAACAUUCAAUUUCUUGUUUGAUGAUGUAUGCUUGUGCAUAUGCCUUUCCUCUUUUGCUAUUUAUCUGGUUAUUUAAGUAAAACUCAUAUAUCAUGACUUUUUGUAUGUAAUUUUAAGAUAGUCCAAGAUAUUUUAACAUAAACACCCUUGGGUUUUUUUUUUUAAUGAUCACCAUGAGAUGCUGUUUCAAUAAAUAUUGUGUGUCUACAUGUUUGCUACAAAAGGUGACGCGAAGUUAACUUGCUCUUCACCGAGGCGAGGCUCUGGUGAGGGAUGGCAAGGGAAGAAUGGACAGUACUUUGGGGCGCAGACUCUCCAGGAUAGGGUCUGUUAUCCAUACUGAAGCCACUGCUUCUCUGCCUGUGUGAGGGUCCCUGCUGUCGGGCGAGGAAUCAGGGAAACAGUGGACUUCGCAAAAGCAGAACAGCAAGCACCUUUACUGUUUAUAGCUCCAUGCAGCACUUCAUUAAGGAAGUGUGGCAGAUAUUGUGUUCGUGUUAUAAUAUGUAAACCGCUUGUUUUUAAUGCUCAUUUUGGGCGUAGCCGUGUUAACUUUAACAACAGUCAUUUUAUAUUGUUUUUUCUAAAAUACGUAAUGAUUAUUAAACUUUCUUGUAAAUGGAGUAAAACACUAAUGAAUCAAUACUAAUAAGUGCCUAGGAAAUUAUCAGCUUGCUUCAAUGUUAGGCUAACACAGCUAUAGAUAUUGUGUUAAAUUCACUUAAAAUGGGGUUUAAUAAGAUUGCUUUUUAGAUACCACCCUUCUGAAUGGCUUAUUCUAACAUCGUAAACACAUUGGUCUUAAUAAAAUGCUAAUUGCUACUCGCAUGAGUUUGGUUAAGAAGCUUGAAAAGAGAGACUAUUUUGUACGGGAGAUAAAGAUGAGGCACGACGGCGCUGAGAGAAGCCUUCUUAGGUUGUGGAAAAGAUGACAGUCAAAUGGAAAAUCACACCUCCGUGAAACAAGUUCCUUUACUGAAUGCCGGUGUGUCCAAACAGGCCCUACUGUUUAGAGUUUGCUGUCCGUAGUGGAGCUGUAGAAUAUCCUACCUAACUGUACAGUAUAAAUAUGUAAAUAUUUUACUUUGCGAGUUCGCAUUACUACUUGUGACUGAUAUUCUGUUCUGAAACAAUAACCCACAAUAAGCACUUUUGUCAAAACUGUCCAAUAAUCAUGUUUUUAUUUCCUCAACUCUGUUUCCAAAGUAUGGAAUAUGUCAGGAGGUGAAAUUUUAAAACAACGCUUGUGUUGAAAUAAACAACCUGAACAGACACACUAUGCU